AUGGAUCCCAGCCUGGAGUCAGAGUCGCUGGCGCUGGACGCAACCUCGUCGGCAGAGUGGCAUGCUACCUUACUGGCGCCAUCUUCGUCAGCAGACGUGCCCCAGAACAUUCUUGCAAGCUACGAUACCUAUACAGGAUACGACACUCCCCUACACUCCGACUAUCACGGCAUCUACACAACUACACAAGCGCCAGCGGCUGUAGGAUCCCUUAGCCCACAACCGUUUCCAAGGACACUGUCACAUUCUCCGGCCAUGGUACAGAGACCGUUCUACGGAUACCGCCCCAGCGCUUCUCCGCAGCCUCGAGUCAAGAUGGAGAGCAGCAGCGAGUAUCCAGACCCGGAGGUUUCAAGAUACCCGUCGCCACAUGCUGGCCCGGCCAUGCCCGUAGAAAUUGGCGGCUAUAGUAGCGCAGCGAGCAGUACUGGAUAUCUCUCGGAUGCGCCGUCCAGUUCAAUGCCCAGGUCAGAGUACGCACUAGAGUGCAGCGUGUACCCUUCUAUCUCGGCCGCACAGCCGCCUCCACAUCAUCAGAAUGCUCUGCCCUACCACCGGAUGAACAGGGGACCGCGGCCAAAGACGCGCAAACUCACCUCCAAGGAAGACGCCAACUACCAAUGUGAGGUCAAGGGGUGUGGAAAACUGUUCAGCAGGAGUUAUAAUUACAAGGCCCAUCUCGAAACACAUGAUGAGAAUCGGGAGUAUCCUUUCCCGUGCACAGUGGGCGAUUGCGAUCGGAAAUUCGUCCGCAAGACGGACUUGACAAGACACCACCAAAGCGUACACAUGAGGGAGAAGAACCACCGAUGUGAUUACUGUCACCGAUCGUUUGCGAGAAAAGACACACUUAGAAGACACAUGGAAGACGGCUGCUCAAAGAGGUUUGACAUUGGCACCCUCGACGUCCGGUCGGAAGGCUACGAUUCAGCAUCGUUUGGCCCUCGGUCUUCGGCGACUAAUCUCAUUGCGCCGCCGCCAACGCAGCUGCCGCCCAUGACAAACACGAUCCCGCGCAGUCCAAAUGCCAAUAUGCUCGAGCCAGUAUCUGCACUGAUGCGGCGCGGGUAUUAA